CCCGGACUACCCUUCCCGGCAGCCCCCGCGAGUUUCUCCGCCAGCCCCGUUCUCUCCGCCCGCGCCGCCGCACCUUCUGCUCCGGAGCCCCCGGCCUCGCAGACGCCGCUGCAGGGCAGAGGCCUUCAGGCCAGGGCAGCAGAUGGGCAGGAGGGAAGCCCUGAUUUCUCCUCUUCCCCGAAGUCAACAGCAGGAGCAUGUCCAGCGACCCUCCUCCACCCUACCCCGGGGGGCCAUCCGCCCCCCUCCUGGAAGAGAAGGAUAGGUUCCCCUUCCCCGCAGGUUGGAGCCCUCCAUCCACGGGGCAGCCCCCUUCCGAUGUUGGUCCCCCACCCUAUGAAGCAAUGCCUCCCCCCCAGCCGGGCGAGAGCUCGAUGGCCUACUCCCCCCCUGGCGGCCACUAUGGGCCUCCGGGGCCCCACGCCCCCACAGACUACUACCUUCCCCCUGGGCCCUAUGCCCCUGCUGGAGGGCAGACGGCAGCUGUGCUAGUGCCCUUGGGCACCGCAACCACAGUGACGGUCCUGCAGGGUGAGAUAUUCCAGGCUGCCCCUGUCCCGACCGUGUGUCCGCACUGCCAGCAGGCCAUCACCACCAAGACCAGCCAUGAAAUCGGCCUCAUGAACUUCCUCCUGGGAUUCUUCUGCUGCUUCAUCGGGUGCAGCCUGGGCUGCUGCCUCAUCCCCUGCCUGCUUGACGAAUUUAAGGACGUGACCCACACCUGCCCCAACUGCAAGGCCUACAUCUACACCUACAGGCACAUGUGCUAGCAGGGCCUUCUCGGCUGAAGAGCUCGGCUGCUGCUGCCUCCGGGUUUGCCUUUCCCCUCUGCUUUCGUGCUUCUCUGCUCUCCCCCUUCCUUCGCCCACA